AUGGAUCGAUAUUCGUUGACGCCGCUGUAUUAUCGCCAAGACCUCAACCGAAAGUGCAUCGAACUACUAAAUGAGGAAUGGCCGCGCAGCGACGGCUCACGAGAGCAUUCACAAGCGAAGUCGUGUCGCUCGUCUCCACCUAUGUCAUUCCUUUUCAUAGAUAAUGAAAACGACACACUUAUUGGACACGCGCGAAUAUGUCUGCUUCCAAAUAGACCUACUUCUUGUUGGAUAGAAUCGGUGAUAAUCGCAAAGGAUCUUCGUGGACAAGGUUUGGGGAAAAGUCUGAUGACACGUUUGGAGAACGCUGCCAAAGAAUUCGGCUUCGAUGAGGCAUUUUUGUCUACUGAUGAUCAGGUGAUUUUCUAUGAAAGAUGUGGAUACAGCAAAUGCGAACCAAUACUGCAUUCCACCACUUCAACAUCCGUCUUUCCUGUUAUGUCCAAGCUAAUGGUUCAUGAUCAGAAUAAGAUUCCUGGGGAGGCACUGGAGAAAAAAAUGAGCAACGGUGAUGACGUUAGUUCUCCAAAUGGACGCGAAACAACAACCUUCGCGCCGCCGCCAGCGCCUCCACCGCCUCCAGUGCAAAACUGUUCGCCUUCGAAGACAUUGUCUGCUCCAGUGUCUACUGUUGGUCACCAGUAUAUGUGUAAAAAGUUGGUUUGA